GAUAUCAAUAACGAAUCCUCCAUCCGUAUAUGUUCCUAUGCGACGAUGUCCUGUACGAAAAUUUAAAAGAACUAUUUCGAAUACAACUGCAAAUAUUAGUGACACCCAAACACGGACUAAAAAGAUAAUUAUGCAAUUUAAGAGUAAUAGCAUUGAUAUUAUGUCACAGCAAGAAAAACGAUUGUCACAAAUAAUAUUGAAUGAUAAGCCAAAUAAUGCUGUAAUAAAAAGUCGUAGACGAGGUGUCUCCGAAUCUGGAGGACCUGAAGAAGAAGAUCGAAAUAAAUCAGGUAUACGAAGUUUAAGUGAAUGUUACUUUGCGGGAAAAGGCACAGUUUUGAUGCUCGGUUCUAAUGAACGCCUUGUUAGACCAAACAGCUCUGCAUCAUCUUCAAAAUUAACAGAAUCCUCACAGAAGAGAAGUAACAGCAAUAUGUCACAGUCAAGUGACUCAAUUACAAAUGUUACUCCAACUCGAUCCGCAUCUUCCGCAAGUCAAAGAACAGAAGACAUGGCAGAUGAUAGUAAUGGGAUGGAAGAAACAAACAAUACGAGCACAAACAGUGGAAAUGACAUACAAAAACAUUUACAAUCGAUGUUUUAUCUAUUACGCCCUGAGGAAACGCUAAAAAUGGCCGUGAAAUUAGAAUCUAUUCGCGCAGGUCGCACACGAUAUUUAGUUGUUGUUUCUCGUCCCGUAAAACGUAAAAAGCACACAACAUCAACUUCACAUCACAUUAACAGUCAACAAAAUACGCUUCAUAAGCAACCAUCUCCUGCAAAUAAUCAAAAUGAAGAAACGUGUUCAUGCAGGAAACAUGGAAAUGAAACUAAUUGUGAUAGUACUAACAACAACAAAAACUUCAAACCACCUUUCACACUGCCACUCGAAACUACAACUGAUCAAAAGUCUUCGUUAUCGUCAAAUAUUGCAGAUGAUAAUGUAACGUGUUUAAAUUGUCAAAAAAGCAAUAUUUUGGCGGAUGAAUUGAAGACAAAGGUAGAUACCGAAGAAGAAGUUGAAGAAUCUUGCUUAUUAGGAAUCGAUUGUAAUGAGGUUACGACAGUUGGUUUAGUUUUGAGAGUACUUGCAGACACAACAAUUAGAUUAGAUGGAGAUGGCGGGUUCAGUGUUAGCGUUUGCAAUAGAACUCACAUCUUUAAACCAGUAUCUGUUCAAGCAAUGUGGUCCGCAUUACAGACACUUCACAAAGUUUCUGGCAAAGCUCGCACUCAAAAUUUAUUUGCUGGAGGAUCUUCGCAUCAAUGGGCACAGUAUUAUGAAGAAAAUAUAGGAUCUGAUCGUUCAUGUUUGAACGAAUGGCAUACAAUGGAUUCGAUUGAGAGUCGCAGACCUGCAUCCCCAGAUUCAAUAAGAUCAAAACCAACAGAACGUGAAGAAACAAAGAGAAUUAUUCGCGCACAACUGAAAGAAAUAAUCAUGAGCGUUGAUUUGGAUGAAGUAACUUCCAAAUAUAUAAGAAGUCGCCUCGAAAGUCAACUCAAUAUGGAUUUUAGUGAAUACAAGUCUUUUAUCGAUGAGGAAAUGUUAGUUAUAUUAGGACAAAUGGAUGCACCCACUGAAAUAUUUGAUCAUGUAUAUUUAGGAUCUGAAUGGAAUGCAAGUAACUUGGAUGAAUUACAGAAAAAUGGUGUUGGUCAUAUUCUUAACGUUACACGUGAGAUAGAUAAUUUCUUUCCCGGAUGCUUCGAUUACUUUAAUGUUCGUGUCUAUGAUGAUGAUAAAACAAAUUUGUUGCGACAUUGGGACGAUACGUAUAAAUAUAUCUCACAUGCCAAAGAAACACACUCCAAAGUGUUGGUUCACUGUAAAAUGGGAAUUAGUCGUUCAGCAUCCGUUGUUAUUGCGUAUGCCAUGAAGGCAUAUAAUUGGGACUUUGAGACUGCAUUGCAUCAUGUUAAGGAUAAACGAAGUUGUAUCAAACCGAAUCGAAAUUUCAUAACACAACUUGAGACAUAUCAAGGAAUGUUGGAUGCAAUGAAGAAUAAGGAAAAGUUACAACGUAGCAAAAGUGAUACAAAUUUAAAGAGCACUAAAGAUGCGAGACUUUUGCCGGGUAGCGAACCAACUCCGUUAAUUCAAGCACUUACGGGAGAUAAAGGAAAACGAGGAGGAACAACAAUCAGUCAAACGGAUGGAAGAGAUCGAAAACAACGUAAAUCAUCAGAGAAAAAAGUAAAAAAACGACCACGAAGUUGUAGUCCGGAAAAUAGAAAAUCGACAUGUACUCGAAUGCACAAACCACAUUCGAUCUCAUUAGAGCAUUUGGCUGAUCCAACUCGAAGCAUUACGUGUAGUAGUGUGCAUUGUAAUUGGAAUAAAACUGUGUUAAUGCCGUGUGACAACGGACAAAAUUAUAGUGUAAGUCAAAACCAGAUUGUUUAUUUGGAGCAACAACGUGAAGAGAGUCCUGCAUCAAUUGUGCCAUCUGUUAAAUUGAUUGUCAGCGAAUUGGAGUCCAAUGAUCGAAAGGCAAAGGAAAUCAAACGCAGUGCAAGUGUUCGAAGUAAUGCAAGUGAAUCGCAAAGUGCAGUAAAAGAAAAUCUGGAUCCGAGUGAUGAAAGUGUUGUAAGUCAAAAACCUCCAAGUCCUAUGUGGUCUGCAUCAUCACACGUUAUUCAAUCAAAAUCGACUGUUGAUGAUAGGGAGCAAGUCCUAAUUAAAUCCCCAUCAGCUUCAGUUGUUACAUUACGAAAUCCAAAUGAUCUAUUUUCCGCACAAGUUGAUCGUGUCUUUGAUCGUGAAGAGCGAAAACAACAACGUUUAUCUCAUAUUCCUCCAAAUGUUUUGGCAGAGUUGUCGGGUGUUGAUGUAUCUCGCAACAAUUCAUGGAGUAGCGUUGAUUCUGCUGUCGUUAUGGGCGAAACGCCUCGAGAUAUUCCAAGCCGUCACUCUUCAUGGGGCUCGGGCGAUAAUAGUAGAAACACACCUUCACGAAACAGUUCUUGGGGAUCAUAUGAUAUGCGAAAUGCUAUUGUCGGAAGUAAUAUAGAUUCCGGAAAUGUCAGUAGACAACAUUCUUCCAUAACAACUGAAAAGACGUCGGAAAAAGAAGAUGUGCCAUGGACUAUAUCGGGAACUGUAAAACGAACAAAACAAAAGAUCGAAGAACAAACGACAGCAUCUCUCGUAAAACGAAUUUGUAAUGAUGAGGCGUUAUCUAGUAAUUCUGUAUCGAACAAAUCAAAGAAAAAUAAUAACAAUAAUGCUCGUAAUCGUUGUUUAAGUGAAGAGGUUUUGUCAAAUACGAAGUUAGAUUCCAAUGUCUAUAGGAUUCGAGGACUUUCAGCAUCUGCACCUGAAACAGUUUCCGUUGGAUUUCCAUCAAUAUCGCCAGCAUUUAGACAGAAAACGUUUGGUUCUGUCGAUGAAACAGACGAAUUGAUUCAACAACAGCAAUCUAAGACUGAAAAUAAGAAGGGAAGUCGCCACGCUGGCAUGGUAAAAAAUCUAAAGAUGAACUUCGAAGCGAAAGUCAGAGCUCCCAAUGCACAAAUGACACAAUCAGCAGAUAAUAAUACUUCCACAGAUAUUUCUACUUGCUGUAAUAAAAAAGGACGUUCUUUGCCAUCAUCUCCUGUUCACACAGAUGCAAAUCAAAAUAAAAGUACUCUAUGUGAAUCUAAACAGGAAGCUGAAGAAAAUAAUUUGGAAGAUAUAAACGUUCGCAAUCUUGUCGAUCGUUAUGAGGAAACAAAGAUGCGAUCUACUUUGUAUCGUAAUUCAUUUCCGUCAUCUAAACGCAAUUCCAGUAUUGAUCAACAACAAACACGUCAUAUAACACGACAACGCCCAAUGUCUGUCCUCGAAAACACAAGACUGAAUAUUAACAACACAUCUAUAAAUUCUGCAGCAAAUAUUACAACUACAAAGCCAUUAAUGAUUAAUCAUGCGACAAUUUUUUUAAAGGAUGAACCACGAAGACCUCCGAUGCCAAAAUCUGGCUCGACAACGGGCAAAUCAUUAUCUGUUCUGAAUAAAUCGAACAACAAUAAUGGAAAUUCGGGAAACUCCGCAGCAGGAGGUUGCAAAAAGUUUUUACAACAUGGAAGAACACAUCCACUCGCAAAGCUUGAAAAGCAAAAACUUAACACAACAACCCCGUUCAAUACGAUGUAGUUUGGAUGGCUCCUUAUCAAUCUCUCAGAUUUUUAUUUAAAUUUUAUUACUUGUACCAAAAAUUAUUUUGUAAACAAAUCUGUAAUAUCUGCAGAAAUAAACAAUUACUUUUUCAA